AUGAUGGAAAUUCCUAAAUUAACUCAGCCUUCAACCAGGGCCAGUAGUGCAGCAUCAAUUCUAUCUGUUCUCAAUCCUCAUUCCAUGCUUUCUCUACCCACAUGGAAUGGUAUUAGAGCUUUGACUGGGGUCUUCAAAGCGUUUCUUCGUCGUCUGGCGGAGCCUAUCUGCGAUCCUACAUCGUGUGCACAACUAGCCGACACACUUUCCGAAGAAACGGAAGAAAUGAGCAAAUCUUCCCUUUUCACAAAUCUUAAGAAUAUUCGCUUGAAUCUAAUUAAGAUUUCCUCUUCAAUCACCUCCUACAUUGAAGAUUUCCUUGAAAACGGCCCAGACUUUAGCGAGGAUUUCAAGGCAUAUGCUAGCUUGAAGUACGCAAGAUCGGCAGAAGAGGUUCUUGGUAUCGUUAAAAGAAUCUUGGAGAGCGUCUGA